AAACGAGCAGCCAUUUCGAAAGGCAGCAGAAGAGGAAAUUAGCUCUCUCUAUAAAGUCAUUGAUGAAGCUACUUUGACAAAAACGGACCUGGAGAGUCAAAUAGAAAGUCUGAAAGAAGAACUUGGCAUUCUGUCAAGGAACUACGAAGAGGAUGUGAAGGUGCUGUACAGACAGUUGUCGGGGUCUGAGCUGGAACAAAUGGAUGUUCCCAUUGGCGCUGGUCUGGACGACAUUCUUGAGACCAUCAGAAUUCAGUGGGAGAAAGAUGUCGAAAAGAACCGCGUGGAGGCAGUAGCCUUGCUCCAAGCUAAGCAACAGGAGGAGGUGGCCCGCAUGGCCCAGACCCAGGAAGAGAAGCUGGCUGCUACCCUCAGGGUGGAGUUACACAACACGUCGUGCCAAGUCCAGAGCCUCCAGGCUGAGACGGAAUCCUUGCGGGCCCUGAAACGAGGUCUGGAAAACACCUUGCACGAUGCCAAGCACUGGCAUGACAUGGAGCUCCAGAACCUGGGCGCAGUGGUGAGCAGGCUGGAGGCCGAGCUCAGCGAGAUCCGCGCCGAGGCCGAGCAGCAGCAGCAGGAGCGCGCGCAUCUGCUGGCGCGCAAGGGCCAGCUGCAGAAGGACGUCGCCUCCUACCACGCCCUGCUGGACAGGGAGGAGAGCGGCUAAUGGAGAAACUUCCUCUUUCCAUGAAGAAAAGGCUCCCUUCCUCACCAGCUGCCCGGUGAAGUUGCUUGAGGAGCUUUCCCCUACGCUUCACUUCCUUCUGGAUUCCCUAGUUGAUUCAGCUUGAGCAGAAAAGCUUCCUGGAAGUGCAGAGGGUCCUUCUGCUUUAAUUUAAGUAGUCUGUAACUUCAGCGACCUCCUGUCCCUCUCCAAUAAAUGCUUUGUGUGCAGCUUCCACUU